UAAAAAAUUUGUGAUGCCAACUGAAUAAUAAUCUUCUAGGAAGACAAUAAAUUAAGUCAAAAUAAUAGUAAGAAGAAAAUGUUUGCUUAUUUGCUCAAAAAUUUUAAAAGAUAGCAUUUUAAUGCUAUUAUCUCAGUUAAUAUAAAAAAGAAAGAAAUACAGUAGAUAAACCAAACUGCAUGACCUCUUUUUAACAACAACCCUGUCAUUUAUUUUGACAAGACAAUUUAACAAUAAUGACAUCUAUCUAUGUGUCUCGAUAACGUUACCAUGUACUGGCCGCUCAAUGGUUAUUUUUAUCCUUAAAAAUGAAGUUAAUCUGGACAUUAUUUGUGAUGUGGUAGUUAUCUCCGCCACCGCAGAUAAGUAAGUGGCUCAAAAUAAAUUUAAUCCAAGGGAUGUGUCUGUAUAAAUACUCGAAUCAGAAAUGACUUCUACCCCAUUUAUCUGAAAACCCUAUUCGAAAUUUGAUUUCCAGUUCACACCUUUUCAAGCUGUCCAGCUCCUUGUGGCAAUUCUGUUGCUUUGGUUGAUGCUGAUACUGUCUACGUUAAUGCCCUGACAAAAUCGAACUUUAGGAGACCUCUCAGUGCUACUAGGGUUGGUUAAAGAACCAGUGCAGUUGACCUUCCGCAUGAUGAAGAACCUUGGUAUUGCAGGGAUGGUACUGGCAGCGGUGUCUAUAGGGUACCUUUUAAACACCCCUAUACCACCCGACCUAGCAGAACCUUUGUAUUUCAGACUCUUUGUUGCUGGACUCAAAGCUACAGAUAUUCUGACUGCGUUGACCAUGUCCCUUCUGCCGUCCGACCCCAACCUUCACGUUCGUGCCAUGCGUUCCAUCAUAGAGAUAGGACUCCCUGAUCCAAGCCAGCAGGCCUUCGGUUCGAAUCUCACGACACGGUACACCAAUUUCGACGGCAUUCGUGUUCUCGUCUACGAGCCCGUUUACCGCCCCGACUCGCCCAUUCCGGCUUUGGUUUACUUCCAUGGAGGUGGAUAUGCUCUUGGAAGCACCAAACUCCAUGGUUAUCUGACGAGACAUUUGGCAGAAAGACUGAACAUAGUACUCGUCUCGGUUGACUAUCGACUAGCUCCCGAGCAUCCCCUCCCUGCUGGUCCCGAUGACGGCGUCGUAGCAACAAGAUACCUCCUGCAGCAUGCCGACGAGUUCGGCAUCGACCCACAUCGCGUUAUUGUGGCUGGAGACAGCGCCGGUGGUCAUCUGGCGACCGUCGUCACCCAUCGAAUCCACGAUGACAGCAGUCUACCCGACCUCAAGCUCCAGGUCCUCCUCUACCCCUGGCUCCAAGCGUUGCACUUCCACACUCCAUCCUACCAGCUCUACCACCACACAUUCGGGGAACUUGGAUUGUCCAGAAGCAAGGUUGUGGGUUUUGUUGCUUACAAUAUCAUCCAGAGACUAGAUGCCGACUUCGAGAGGAAGGUGAUGAGGAACAUGCAUAUGAGCCCCGAAUUCAAGAGGUCAGCUCAAUUUCAAAGGGUCUUCGAUCAUAACAUCAUUCACGAAAAGCUUGCAAAUGUAUCUCUCAAUCAGGACAUAACGGACCUUGAUUCAUCGUAUACAUCGUAUCCAUUCGAUUCGCUUUCUGACUCGAUCCCGAAAGCGACAUUCCUCUCCUCCCUGUCGCUGUCGCCAUCGACGCUCUUAUCAUCAGUGAUACCACUGCCAACCGAUUACCAGACUCCACUCUUAUCAUACGAACCCUUAGAUGCGUUCGAACCUGGUAACGAGACAUUCUGGGCCGAGAUCCAGCACCACUUUCUUGAAGGGAUGUCGCCCCUUUUGAGGGAGGACAUGACUGGCCUUCCAAAAGCUUUCAUCGCCACUGCAGAUCAGGACGUUCUCCGGGACGAUGGCAUCUUUUACUCCCAUGCUCUGGAGCUAGGGGGCGUGGAAGUGGAUUGGAUCAACUACAGAGGGGCGUGGCAUGGUAUGGCUGAUCUUGGUAUCCGUAGAGGUCUUCCCAUUGGUAUCAAGAUGGUGGAAGAUGCCAUCGCAUUCAUCCAAGACAAUAUUUGAUGCUUAUAUCAUCUUGCGUAUUUUCAUCAUACUCUUGAGGGGGUACACAUGGUGUACACAUUGUCACAAUAAAGAUGCGUGGCUUUGGUCAUGUUGGAGAGUUCACUUCAGAAGGGCCAGUAACCUUUACUGUACCAAGGAUUCUUGGAUACCUGGUAUUUGGACUGGUCUAGUCUCUCCAUUUGUAUAAGGGCGAACGAAGAUUAUGUUAAAGCCAUUCGAGACAUUGUACUUCUUUAUCGUUUUGUUGAUUAGUUAUCACAGACACCCAUUCUCUUGAACGGAGUCUAAACAUGGUAGAAAAGAACGAUAGGGGACAAUGUAGAUGCAUGGUGUGACUAUUGGACAUGGCUCCGAGUUCUGAUAAUGGGGUUUGUCCCGAGAAGCAGGGAAAUCAAGUUCAUUCUAUCCGUGUUCGCAUGGAGGAACAUGUAACUGACCAGAUGCUCAUUGUCAUCUCGCUUGUUUGUGCAUUCCCGCAUUCUCUUGCAUCGGUCUUUCAUGUGAUUUGUGUUUAUGUACCAUUGAUACAAAUGCUGGGGGCGUGGCAUUUAGUAGCUGGCAUUACAGUCCUAUAGGAGGUAUUUUGCAUUGCACUUUUGAACGAAUCGGGAAAUAUUUUACGUUCAUUACUGUUCUUGAAUCCUCUGAAUUAGAACCUUGUUUUUGAUAUAUUAGGGUGAAAGAUGUGGAAGGGAUUCAAGUAAAACUGAAAAAACACGCCUAUAUUGGAGCGGGAGCGGGACAGGAUAAUUGGUAUUUGUAUCCUAUGAGAUGUAUUUAGUUCAUGCGUGAUCCAUGAUACAGUGAUUGAUGAAGCCAAAUGAUCACGAAAUGUACUUUGUAAAUAUUAUUCUGUGUAUAUAUGUUAAUAAAUAAAAUAUGUGUUCCAUAAUAUUAAUACAUGUAUUGUAUUAAAAGGUGCUAUAUUGAAUCCACUAUAACCAUGUGUCUGCUUAUGUAACGAGAUUUAUUUUGAAAUAAAUACAUCUGACAAAAAAUAGAUCUGUAUUUUUUGUGGUGGUGGUGGAACUUAACAAGUCUGUCAAUGUGUACAAUGGCGGUCGAAGAUUAUGUUGAAACAAUUAAUUCAAGAUAAUAUACUUCCUUAUCGUCUUAGUGAAUGAGUCUUAACAUGAUAAAAACGACAGAUAGGGACCAUGCAUUGGAUAUGACUGUGUUGGGUAGCUUAGAGCCCUGAUAAUGGGUUUGUCCCGAGAAGCAGGUUCAUUCAGUGUUCAUUCAACAGGUUCAAGUAUCCGUGUUUGCAUGGAGGAACAUAUAACUGACCACAUGCUCAUUCUCAUCUCUCUUGUUUGUGCAUUCCCGCAUUUUCUUGCAUCGGCCUUUCAUGUAAAUUGUAUACAUGUAAAAUUGAUGCAAAGGGGGCGUGGCAUUUAGUAGCUGGCAUUACAGUCCUAUAUGAGGUAUUGCAUUGUGCUUGAGAACUAAUAGGGAAAUAUUCGACGUUCAUUAUUCUUCUUCAAUCCUAUCAAUCAGAACCAUGUCUUAAAUAUAUUGGGGGUGAGGAUGUGGAGAGGAAUCAAGUAAAACGGGGAAAGGCGCCAAUGGGAGCGGUGUUGGUAUUUGUAUCAUAGAGAUGUAAUUAGUUCAUGUGUGAACCAUGAUACAGUGAAUGAUGAACCCAGAUUGUCGACAAAUGUACUUUGUAAAUAUUACUCUGUGUAUAUAUGUGAAUAGAUAAAAUGUGUUCCAUAAUGUAAAUAUUGUAUUAAAAGGUGCUAUAUUGAAUCAAUUAUAUAACUAUGUGUUUGCUUAUGUAACGAGAUUUAUUUUGAA